GCCUAUUGGGACACAAACACUGCAUACCAACUCUCCUCUUUAGAUUUUCUAAUGUUAAGUAUUGAUCAAAUAUUUCUACCAACGGCAACGGAUCAUUGCAUGACACAGGUCACUUAAGUGAAGCGUUAGUUUAAAAUUUUAAUGUCAUGAUAAUAUUAAAAUCAGCAUUUUAUUGAAUAAUAUUAUAUCUUGUAUAAAUCAUACCGGAAGUAAAAUGGCGAAGUCAAAUGCUGGUGGUGAUUUUGCCAAAAAGGUAAAUGACUUGGUUCCCGUCAAGGACAGAGAUGUGGUAUUUGAUGCUCUCAAGAGAUACAAAUCAUCCACAGAACUUCAGCGAUUGGUACAAGACCUGAAGACUGUACUUGAUGACCCCCUCAAAAUGGAGGUGUUUGAGUUUGUGAGGCCCCUGAUCCCGGCGAAGCACCAAAUGGAGUUUGACAGACUGGCACCGACGCCACCUGGGCGUGGGAGGCGUAUCAUCAACCUUCGUCGCCGUACCAACGAAAGCCUGGGGUUUGCUGUCAGGGGAGGUUUUGAACAUGGGAUUGGCGUGUUUGUAUCCCAUGUUGAAGCAGGCUCCCAAGCGGAGCGACAGGGCCUCAGGGUAGGAGACGAGAUUGUCAGAGUGAAUGGCUACACCAUCUCACAGGCAAUACACGAAGAGGUCCUCAACCUCAUAAAGGGGCGAGAUGCAGUGGAGCUGAAAGUUACAAAUAUAGGAAUGCUACCUGUCAAAGAGAAACAAGGCGACUCCCUGACCUGGAAGUAUGUGGAGAAACGGGACCGGAAGAAAAGUGUCCAGCGAAAGUCACAGCAACGGCCAGCAUCUGAGGACGAAGGAGAAGUUGUCAAGCUUUUUGCCAAUCUCCGAACCUCACCUUCCCUCGGAUGCAGCAUCAUGAGUGGCCCCCACGGUCAGGGAAUAUACAUCCAGAGGGUGGGGCCACAGAGCUUGGGGGAGCAGAUUGGACUAGAGGUCGGUGACCAGAUUCUGGAAGUCAACGGCAUCAGCUUCCUUGAUGUGGCGCAUAAUGAGGCCAUUGUAGCACUUAAAAGCAGCAAGGAGCUUAAUCUUGUCAUCAGGAAAAAGUCUGGAAUUCACAUAGUGCAAUCUGCUGCAGUCAACACUCGCACACAGCCACCAAAAGAACCUCCAAAGCAGGAGAGUUCCCUGAUGGGUUCUCAAUAUGACGAGGAACCUGAAUAUGCUGUGGUUGUCAAGGAAAAGAAAGCGGCUGCCCCUCCAGCCCCGCCUCCGGCUCCAUCAGCCCCAGCGCCACCACCACCACCACCUCCACCACCAUUCAAACUAAGUCCAAAUAGCCAGAAACAAAAGAAAAGGGCCCCUCCCCCUCCACCGGCACCCCAGCCAAGCCUCGACUUCAGAGAAGAACUACACAGAGUGAACCUCAAGAGACAAGCAGAAAGAGAAGAAAGGAAAGACGAAGACGAGGACACUCUAGAAGGCGAUGAUAGUUUUGUGGAAGAUCAUUCAUUUUUUGAGAUGCAAGAUCAAAGACCUGAUGAGGAGCAGACACCAUACAGCUAUGUACCUAUAGAGACCACAGGGGCCGGUGAGAAUUUGUGGAAUCAGGAUGUUGAUGUGGCAACGAGGCUGGAGAAGAUCCUACAGCAGAAACAAGCCAACCAACGUCAGGCUGAAGAGAGGCAGCGACUGGAGUUUCAUGCCGCAAGUUCAAGGCCUACACAAGGCAGUCGCCGGGUACUGCCACAGUCUGAUAUAUUGCGAGGAAGAGGGGGACCCCUGAGGAAGGCAGACCUUGGUCUUGUUGGCCCCACAUCUGGCUUUACCAAACAGAAGGAGGAGCCUCCCUUAUCCCCUACAAACAGUUCAGGGGAUGACGAGUCGACAAGCUCUGAGUUUCCAUCACCUAUUUCUGACAUUGACGAUUACAUCGUGGAGAAGGCGAACGGAAAUGUGGACGUCCCCGGAGUUACAGACGUAGACAGUUUCAGUCUUAGCGAGAAACUGCCUUACACCUUCAUACACUAGUUCCUGAAGGGUGACUAAUAGACCCAUCAAGUUUCGGAGGAAUGAACAAUAUCUAUAUUUCUGUAUUGAUGUAUUAAUAUCUGAAAAUAAAUAUUUAUAUGUAAUAUAA